AUAUAUAAUCUCUAUAUAUGUAUACAUAGUUUUACCUGCUAGAAUUGCCUACAUUUUUAUGUACUUUCAUCGCGGGCGAUGUCAAAGUCAAGGAAUUAUCAAUAAUUCGUGCCGUAUCUGGUGGUAUCGCAUUUAUAGAGUGGAGCGAAUAAGGGACAUUGCACACGGACAAUACCUUUUCGUAUAGGUAUAUUUUGUAUAUGCAGCGUCUCGUACCAGCACGUUUAACUCGCUGCGUGCGAUACAAUGCGGUCAAGUCACAAGUACGCGGUACCGUAUGCAAGAUAAAGUAAAAUGAAAAAGUGGGAGGUUAAAGGGGACGGUGGAUCGUUUACGACGAUUCGACGUGGCGAGCGAGACGCGAACAGGAUCGGGAUUAUCUCUGGAGUCGCCGCGAUCUCGCGUCUGGUCCAGGACCGCGGAUGUUCAUCGUCGCUCGAAUCGAAUUUUCGGUUACGCAGACGAAACGGACGUCGUGAAUGGAAGUCACGAACGAAAAAUUGUCAGGAUCCUGACCAUUCUUCUCGUUCGAGCUUUGACGAUCGAGUGCCGAGCUCCUCCGGAUUUAUACCCGAUCGCGACGUGUGCCCGAUGAUGUGUCGAUGUUACAUAAUUUUUUGUGAUAAUAUAUACGUCAACCGUCGUUCUGAUAUCGUGAAUAUAAGGUCAGUGGUUCGCCGAUUAUCACGCUGCGAGGUUAGACGAUUCUCUGGACUCUGCAAAACGUAACUGGCACACGGCACAAUUUCUUUUCUAACAACUCCUGCACGAUUAUUAAUCUGUAGAUAUCACAAUAAAUAAUGGCAAGUGAAUCUUGGAAUAUCUUGGUAACGGGAGGCGCUGGUUAUAUCGGUUCUCAUACAGUAUUGGAAUUGGUACAAGCGGGUCUUCAGGUGGUGGUAAUAGACAACCUUAUCAAUGCCUACAAAGAUUCAAAUUCUAAGAAACCCGAAUGUCUCCUUAGAGUAGAGAAAUUGACAAAUAAAAAUGUUCCAUUUAUCAAUUGUGAUAUCACAAACAUCAGUGAUCUGAGAAGCGUGUUUCAACAACAUACUUUUCAUUGUGUUAUACAUUUUGCUGCGUUGAAAGCGGUAGGGGAGUCAUGUCAGAAACCACUCGAGUACUACAAGGUCAACGUCAGCGGAACGAUAAAUCUAUUGCAAGUUAUGCGGGAGAACAAUGUAAAACGUUUUAUUUAUUCAAGUAGUGCCACAGUUUAUGGCAUACCUGAACAACUUCCUUUAGUAGAAGACAUGAAAACUGGCAAUUGUACAAAUCCGUAUGGAAAGACAAAGUUCAUGGUUGAGGAAAUAUUAAAGGAUUUGUGUGCAUCAGAUAAGGAAUUUUCCGUUAUAUCUUUGAGAUAUUUUAAUCCCGCUGGUGCACAUCCCUCAGGUGAAAUUGGAGAAGAUCCCAAUGGUAUUCCAAAUAAUUUAAUACCCUACAUUGCACAAGUUUCUGUUGGAAAAAGGGACGUGUUAUAUGUUUAUGGCAAUGAUUAUGAUACCCCUGAUGGUACAGGUGUACGUGACUAUAUUCAUAUUAUGGAUUUGGCAGUUGGACAUAUGAAAGCUUUGAUGUAUCAAAAAACUCGUAAUCCAAUGGGAUUUAAGCCGAUAAAUCUUGGCACUGGGAAAGGCUAUUCUGUACUUGAAGUUAUACAUGCGUUUGAGAAAGCAUCCACGCAGAAAAUACCAUAUAAAAUAGUUGAACGUAGGCCAGGUGAUAUCUCCGCCAGUUAUGCGAAUGCUAGUAUCGCUAAUAAGGAACUAGAUUGGACUGCUACAAAAGAUAUGGAUGACAUGUGUGCAGAUACGUGGAAAUGGCAACGAAAUAAUCCAAAUGGUUAUAAACGCUAAUAAACGUCGUGCCCCUUAUGCCUAAAUAACUAAGAAAAGCUCGAAGCUUUUAGCUUGUUUACACUUUUUGCCUUUUGCAUAUCACUGGAUAGAUAACGGAACCAUGGUGGUAUACAGUUACCAAAGUUUAGACCAAAGCAUAAGAAAAAUAUAGUUAUUUAUCUUCUGUUAAGCAAAUUUAAUAAUAAUAAGACUUUCUAUCUAACAAACUUUAAUAUUGGAAAUGGUAUCUAUUAUUUGGCAUAUAGAUAUAUUUAUACAAAUCUAAUAAAUAUAUUUUAAAACUUACUCUUUUUA